UUAAUAAAUUUAAUAAUGAAUUUAUUCUAUAUUUUUUAUUAUUACAAAUUAUAAAUGAAGAUUUUUAAUUAAACAAUAUUAAAAUUUUUGAGGUGAUGGCAGUGCGUAUCUUUAAAUGUGGAUGAUACGCUUACGGAUAUGAAUGUUCCGGUAAUUUCAAUUAUCAGCCACUAUAAUCUAAUUGCAUCAUUUAAGAUUUCUCGUCGCCUUUCCUGUCAUUGCCGGAUUUUCCAUGAUAUUAAAUGUUUAAUACCUCAAAUUUAUUUGAAGUCGAUAAAUUUUUUUGCAAAGAGUUCUGGAUUUUCAUAUACUAUGGUUUUUUUUUUUAUUUUUAUUCGUCAUCCAUUCGAUUACAUCUAUUAUAAUCUAAUUGUGUUCGCAUAUAUAUUCAAGAAAAAUGUAAGAGAUUAAAAAAGUUGUUUAAUAACAAACCAAAAUAUAAAUUAAUAUCAUUUUUUAAUUUGUUGUGUAAUUCUGCCACCUGCUAUACGUGUAUUAAUAUUCAAGGAUUCAUCUUGAUUGUUUAAUUAUUCUUAAAGGUCUACCCAAAGAAAUAACCAUGAUACUUUUUUCUCUAAUUAAUUUUCAAAUGCAUCCUUUUCUUAACGUAUCACACUUAAAUAUUUUU